UCCUGCGUUGCGGGCGCUGUGUGCCAGACAAGCCUAAGUUUCAAAAGAACACUGUUAUCAGUUUCCCUGUGCGAAGCGCCUUUAGCAGAUACACGGACCGAAAAUGAUUGAAGUUUAUAUGUGUUUGUUCUUGUAAUAGGACAUCUCGGCAGUGUGAGGCAUUCUCCCUAUGUCAACCAUGGACGGCUCACCUGCAGAUUUCGCAAGUGCCACCGACGGCAGGAACGGCCAUUGCUCCUCGGUAUCCAGUCAGUCGAAAGAACAGUUCAAGAUGGAGAAAGGCAACGAAAUGAGAAUAACCGAAAGCGCGCAGUUAGGCGAUUCGGUGGAGGACAGGGGUUUACUGGAAAGCAGUCAAAAGCUGAAACCGCAUGAAGCUCAGAGUUACCGCAGGAAGGCUUUGUGGGUGUCCUGGAGUUCCAUCGUCGUCACUCUGUCCCUGGCCGUAGCCGCGUUCACUGUUUCUGUCAUGAGGCACAGUGCAUCAUCCUUUGGAUUUGCAUUUGAUGCUGCGUUGGAUGUGUUAUCUUCUGCAAUCGUACUGUGGCGUUACAGCAAUGCAGCAGCUGUGCAUUCUGCCUAUCGAGAGAACAUAGCUUGUGUCAUCUUGGGUGUUAUAUUUCUUGUAUCAACUGUCUGCAUUAUUGGCAAAGCCAUUCAUGACCUUGCUUCAAAGUUGCUGCCAGAAGUGGAUGAUUUCCUUUUUAGUGUAUCCAUUGUAAGUGGAAUCCUGUGUAGUAUUUUGGCUGUGGUUAAAUUCAUGCUUGGUAGAGUCCUUACAAGCAAAGCCCUGAUAACUGAUGGCUUUAACUCCCUCGUCGGAGGAAUCAUGGGAUUUUCUAUACUGAUCAGUGCUGAAGUCUUCAACCAUUAUGCUGGGGUCUGGUACUUGGAUGGCACUAUAGGGAUUCUCAUUGGAAUAACUAUUCUUGCUUAUGGAAUAAAACUUCUAGUUGACACAAUCCCACGAAUUAAAGCAACUCAUAAUUAUGAAACCUUUGAGUGAUGGACACAAUGACAGCCUAUAGUGAUGCACAAUUCCACGGGGAGGAAGAUUUAAGACCUGGAAAGAAUCACUCAAGCAAACCAAAUCACAGUAGUGACAGUAAAUAUGCUGCAGAUGUCCCAGUGUCCAGUUUGAGACAUAAGAUGGUGUUCCUUGCUCUGCCUAUUUGACAAGCAGUAAAAAGGUAAAAGGCAUAUUGGUAUUGAUUUAAAACAUAGAUUAUAAUUAUCAGCAGGAAGAGAUACUAACCUCUUUCCCCACUCUACAAACACACACAUACACCCCCUUCCACUGCUGAUGUGGCCUACAAGUAGUAAAUUAGGAUUGUUGGAACCAAACUCAGCUCAUAUUCAUAUGGAAUCCAGCAGUGCUGCUCCUGCCUGAAUUCCAGAAAACGUAUCAAAAUUACUCCCUUUCCUCAGAUUGCUUUUGAUAUAUAUACAUCAUCUAGGGAUUAAAUCUAUAUCAAUUUUUCCCAUAAAGCACAUUUUGAGUGCAUCAGUUAGCAAAAUCAAACCACAAUUCUGUCACCUACCAUCUUCCUCGUAUUUCUUCCAGCAUAACACUGAACUGUUAAAGGUAACUCAUAUGAUUUCUGUUGAUUUGAAUCUCUGAUUUGAAAUUCUACUUGUUAUGGCAAAAUGUGAGAUACCUGUACAUUUAAUUUAUAUAAAAAUGAUAAUUUAUUGAGCAUUGACAAAUUUAAUUUCACCAAAUAGUUUGAUGCUGAUUAUUUUAAAGAGACUAAAUAUCAUUGAGAAGCUGUAUUACCAUGAAGGUUAUCUGUGAAUAGAUUCCAUUUCCAUUACUAGGCCAUACAGUGCUAAACUUUUGCCUCAUUCAUUGGUUUUCAAUAUUACUUUUGAUAAGAUUAGCAAUUUCAGGAAUAAACUAGAUAUUUCAACAUGUUUACUGAAAAUGUUUCAGUGGAACCAAUUUUCAUUUUUAGUAAUUGCUGCCAAAUAGGUUAGAACACUGAAUAUAACAGCACAGUAUGGGCCUUACACCCAACCAAUAUAAACAUACCCCAUGAUCAGGCUAACCCUUCCUAAUAUUGUGCCUAUCUAACAGUUUUUCUAUACGUCUCUAGCUUCUAUCUCCAUCCCCACCAGGGAUGCAGGCACCCACCGCUCUCUGAAAAAAAAACAACUACCUGCUAUCUUCCCUAAACUUUCUUCCACUUACCUUAAAUAAAUGUCUUGUUUUUAGCCAUUGCCAUCCUGGGCGGGGAUGUAAUCUAUUUCUGGCUGUCCACUCUGUCGUGUCUCAUAAUCAUAGACAUCGCUAUCAAGUCACCUUUUACUCUCUGUUGCUCUAAAGCAGGGGUGUCAAACUCAUUUUAGGUCACGGGCCGGAUUGGGCAAAAUGCAGCUUCAUGCGGGCGGGAUCAGUCCGGCGCGUGCGAAUGCAGCUUUCAUUGCCUCCGUUUUUUCAGCCUGUUCUCAUGUGUCUCAGUCUCUGCUAUAACUACAAAGUGUUUCACUUCACAAAUUCUGUUUCUUAUGAAGAAGACUGCUGAGCAAGCAUUAUUUUUAUGAUUGGUAUUAACUUUCAAUCAUAGGCUUCAUAUCGCCGGGCCAUUAAUAAUUAAAAUAAUAGAUCUAUCUAAAAUGAGCUCACGGGCCGGAUAUAAUUGUACGCCAGGCCGGAUAUGGCCCGAGGGCCUUGAGUUUGACACCUAUGCUCUAAAGAGAAAAGCUCUAGUUUACUUAACCAUUCCAUACAAGACAUACUAUCUAUCCAGGCAGCACUCUUUAAAACCUCCACAUCCUUCUUAUGAGGUGACCAGAGCUGAACACAUUAAGUGUGGUCUAACCAGAACUUUGAGGAGCUGAAGCAUUAUUUCAUGGCUCUUGAACUCAAUCCUUCAACUAAUAUAGGCCAGCACACCUCCUGAACCACUAUAUCAACAUCUGUGGUAACUUUGAGGGAUCUUUGGAUCCUGCUGUCACUGUCUUAGAACACAAUAGCACAGAAACAGACCUUUCAGCCAAUAAGCCUUGUCCUGUUUUCAUGUUCAACCUUCCAAAGUGUAUCACUUGACACUUCUCUGUAUCAAAUUCUACUUGCCUCUUCUCUGACCAACUAUGUAUCCUGUUGAUAUUCCAUUGUGGUCUACAGCCUUCUGGUUCAACUUCAAAUUUACUAACCCACCCCUCCACUUCUUCAUUCAAGUCAUUUAUAAAAAUCACAAAAUACAGGGGUUCAGAACAGAUCCCAAUGGAACACUAUUGGUCACCAAGCUCAGGGCAGAAUGGUGUCUAUUUAGUACCACCCUCUACCUUCAUGUUUCAUUUAAUUCCAUGACUCAUGACUUGCACCCCCCUCCCUCUUUCUUUCUCCCGAGGUCUCCCGUCCCAUGAUCCUUUCCCUUCUCCAGCUCUGUAUCACUUGCACCAAUCACCUUUAAGCUCUUAGCUUCAUCCCACCCUCUCCGGUCUUCUAUCAUUUUGCAAUUCCCCCUCCCCCCACUACUUUCAAAUCUUUUAGUAUCUUUCCUUUCAGUUAGUCCUGACGAAGGGUCUCGGCCCAAAACGUCGACAGUGCUUCUCCUUAUAGAUGCUGCCUGGCCUGCUGUGUUCCACCAGCAUUUUGUGUGUGUUGUUUGAGCCUACAAAGUUAUUUGUUUUUACUCUGACAUUUCUUCCAUAAACCAGAACAGUUUUUAAUCUUGUUAACUGGACAAUUUAAUUAAGCCUGUAUAUUGUGGUUUUGUUUAGAGAAACUAAUAUAUUGAAUAAUGAUUUCACUGAUUUCUCAGUUGAUACCAGAUUUGUGGAUGUGUAGCAGAACAAAGAAAUAAUCUCCAAUUUCAAAGGUCAAAGCAUGUAAACAUCUUGUAGCUUGCAGUCAGUUACAUGCAACCUUUUGGAAAAUGUGAAAGUUCUCCAAUGAUUCAAAUAUUAAGAGUGGUAGAUGGUGUUGGUAUAAAAUAGCAAAAACCUCAUUUCCUACAAUAAUUAGGUACAAUUUGGUUGAAAGACUAGAUUCUGCUUGAUGAAUCAAUUCAUGAUCAUUCUUAGUUUUGCUUUCUAGUGGCAUUAAGCUAUCUGGUAUCCUUAAGAUGUUGGCCAAUUUAGAAUAAACUGAUCAAAACCUUCCAAUGGGAAUUAAUCUAUAAUGGGAACUAUAACAUGGAAUUCUAUUCAAAAUCAGAAGUUUAAAGGUAUCAUUGUAUCUGCUAGUUCUGUGAUUGGAGAAAGCUAUAAAUUCCUAUUUGAGAAUCAAAUGUUUCGCAAUUUUAAAUUAUCUAUUUUUUUCCUUUAUGACAUGCAGUUAUCCUUAAUUCCAUUACUUGUGUAAAAUAUUCCAAACGCUUAAUGUUUAGUUGCAUAAGAAAAUAUAUCAUCUCCACUCUUAAAACUGUCAAUUUUUAAUUGUUGAUUUCUUAUAACAGAAGUGCUAGUUUAAAAUAAAAAAGAAUUAACUAGUUUUUCUGAGGGUUGAAGGGUGGACAAAACUGCUCAAUUAAAUUGGUAACCAAGCAAGAACAUCAUGAAAAAUAUUUCUUUUUUCGCCAAUAGGAUUAACAAAAUGGAGCAGUUAUCUGUCAAUCAUUUCACAAUUAUACGGAUUAAUAUGCCUACUAUGGGGAUAAAUAGGGUUUAUAUAGCUGUAAGAAGUUAAACUCUAGUAUUGCUUUUCAGAUGGUAAGUUUGUUCAUUUUUAAACUAUCACCUCUGUCGAUAAGAGUUCAAUUAACAAUUAAGUCAAAAUUUUUGAUUUUAAUUUUGAAAAGACAAGUUAAAGAAAAGACCUACGCCACUAUUAGACAGAACAUCUUCUCAAUAAUUUAGAGCACCAUUAUAUUUAUAAUGAGAAAAACUUUUUUUUUAAUUCAGAGGAACAAUGACAAGGCCCCAGGAAAAUAAAUGUCCUGAGCAUAACAAACAACAUGGGUCAUUUUUAUUGAAAUCAAACUUCAAAAUACUAGUUUUUAUAACAUGCUUUAAGAUAUUUUAUAUCAUUUAAGUAUCUAAAAAUAAUUAAAAUAGCUGAAAUUAAGUGUCCUUUUCCCAAGGGAACUCAGAAAGUAAUUUUUAAGUAAUGCAAAUAAAAUUUGAUUCAGUCUUGAAAUCUAAAUUAGGCCAUUAAACCCUAACCAAAAAUUAAACAAAAUUUUAAAUUCUUUACAACUGCGAGGAUGACCCAAAAUAAUGGGCAGGAGUUGCUUCAAUAAAAUGAAUAUAACUUUUUUGCAAUAGUAGAACAAAUCAAUGACAUUUUAAUGGCAGAUGUCCCAAAUCAACUUAAACAACACGAAAUGAUUUAGAGCCAAGGAAUAAUACUAAGUUGCAUGGCUAAAUGUUUAUUUAAGUAGUUUUUAAAUGAUGGGUUUUAGAUAUAGGGAAAGAAAUAUACAAAGUGGCACCAAUUAAAGCACAACUUCAAAGUUGUCACUUAUAUACAUUCUGGGGUAAUGUUCAGUGGAGGAAAAAAUCUAACAUUAAAAUGUUUGAUUUUGGUAAAAUAUAAAUCAAAGGCAGGGUUGUGUGCAUGGUAACAUUUUGUUCUCAUAGUUUAGACUGGAAGAAACUUUGAUGAAGAUUUCAGUUAGGUGAAAGCAGGCAAUAGCUAACUUUAUUCUUGUAUUUUAAAAUUCUAAGGUAUUUAUAUCAUUCUGGAAUGAUCUUGAAAUCCACAGUUGUUAAAUUUCCACAUUAGAACUAUCACAGCCUUAGAGGGUUUAUUGAACCUCAGGGAAGGCCAGAUUAGGUAUUUAUUUAGUGUAAAUAAAUGCAUAUUGUGAGUACAAUAAUUUGAGCUUAAUUUUGUCUGCACUUUGCUGAAGUCCUCAGCCUAUUAUUUGAAUGGAAACUGUUGUAAUAUGCUACAGUUAAAUAGAAUCGAUUGAGCACAAUACACACAUGUUCAUGAACUGUGCUUGGAGUUUGAGUUGUUAAUCUUACAAGUUCUUUCAAAAAUGUAUUCUGUAUGUUUACAAAUUACAGUGUACACAUCAGUGGAUGAAAUUCUCUUCACAGAAAAGAUUUAUUGAAAAAUAAAGUCUUUUUUCCCUGCU